GCGUCGAGAGAAGACAAACCUAACAGCGAGAGACUAAUCUGUUGAGUAGAGUCCUCCUGUGAAGUCACGACUUUUCUCAACAAAGUACUUUUGUUAUUCGACGAGAUAAACAAGAUGUUGCCCACAAUGUUGAAAGCUCCUUGCUUCUUCCUUUCGCUAUAUGCCUUCUUUGAGGUUGCUGUUUACUCAGCCUCUAGCCCGGGAAAUACAAAACGACAAAGCCCUCCAACGCUUUUCGAGCAAGCGCCGCUUGCUCCGAAUAGUGCUGGUGAACGUGACGAUGAUGCUCGUGGUGCUACUUCUGCUACUAAAGCAGUACAGCGCGAAGGCUCUAGUUGUAACGAUUCGUCGUCUAGUAAGCCUCCUCGCCCUGGUACUCCGAAGCCUCAGCCUUCACCCAUUCGUGCACCGUUGCCGCAGUUGGGCUUUCAGCUAGCUUCGCAGCAAGAAGAAGAACCCACCUCACGCAGCUCUGGUAUGCUGGGAUCGCUGUUGCGUCGCGGCAUUGUGCCGUCAGCGUCAGCGUCGUCCUUGACCGGAUUGAAUGCAGAGCAUGAAGCUGCCGGAUUGUUAAGGCGAGAGUUGAUGUACGAAUAAGCUACUUCUGGGAUUGUUAAGUCGUAUGUCCAAUCCGAAUUGACUAACAUCAUCAUCAAGAUAAAGAUUGAUUGUUUUUCCGAGCUUACUUAUUCAAUUAAUCACCAUUUCAUUAUUCAACUCCCACCGCGCGUUUUUUCUUUUUCUAAUUCCUGGCACUUCUUCCGCAUGCCUAAUGGAGCAAGGUCGCACUGCGACAGACGACCGCAGCGCACCUGAGCCAUCUUCCCGCGUUUUGUUUGGAGGUAUCUUCCAGGGCCAACAUGUUGUGGAUGCCCAAUUCACAACUAUGAGGAGCCGUUUGUUGAAAAAGUUUUGUCUUGCUGCGACGGGUAUUGCAGCAGCCUCUAGUGCCUGUGCUGGUAUGUACAUGUAUGGGCCUCAGGCGGGUUCUAUGGCUGCUCAGGCGGGUGGGUUUGGUGGAUCAUCUAGCAGUUCAUCUCCGUCGCGUUCAAGAAGCGCCUACGAUAUAGUUGCACCAGCUGCAUCGUCGACUUUUCAUCCUAGAGCGAGCACUUCUUCUACGUCUUUUUCUCCCUCGACAUUGGGCCAUGAUUUUGCGGAAGAUGCAGACGCGCCAAAAGGAUUGCUGAGUGACUUGGAAGGUCGCGGUGGUUAUUUACCGAACAGCGGCGACUACUUCGAGGACGAAUAUUUGCCAACGUUACCGGAUAGAGAACAGUUCGAGAAGGGGCCAGAGGUGUCGGUUGGUAAGGAAGAUGACGAAAGUCAUCAUAGUAGUAGUAAGGGCGAAGAGCUACAUGAUCAGGGAGCAGUAUUUGCAGCAUCCAAGAACAAACUACAAGAGAAACCAUGCAAAACGAAGAAUUUGUUGGCCCAAGGUAGUAGUUCAGCAAAGGAUGGCCCGAGUGAUGAUUACGUGAAAGUAGACAGCAGAACAUCCUUCAUCGAUCCCGUGACAGGAAAAACGGAACAACAAGUCGUGGAGAAUGCCAUUCCAUCUGGGGUGGAGAGCAAGUAUACCAGUAUCCUUGUCGGCGAGAGGCCAGAGAAUUCCGACUCCGAGGACCAAGAAAAACGGGCGUCGCUCGAUACAGAGGAAGCCACUUUUGACGUCUCGGGCGAAGUGCUAGCCUCAACAGAGGAAGGACCAUCUGCAGCGCUGCAACGAACUAUCGCUCUCAGCACUGAAAAAGCAAUCGAUUUCGCGGCUUUGCAGAAGCUUUGGGCCAUGCCUGCCGCAAUCUACAACCUAGACGACGACACGCCUACGAUGAAACAUCUGGUGAAUUUGCGAGCUAACAGCCGCCUUCUGAUGCGAGUAGUACAUGCUGGAGACAGGAGUAACUUCGAGCAUGCAAGGGAAGGAUUCACUGUCGCGAGAAGAAGGAUGACUCCUACCACUAUGCUGGGAGAGAAGAUGGACAAUUUAGAUUUGCUCGAGAACAAGGAUGAAAUUGACACAGUGGCUAAUACGAAGAAAAUGGCAUUGAAGUCAAGCAAAGAUAAGGAGGACGAUCUAGAUAUGGAAAAGAGCAAUCCUCGACGUGAGCACUUGACCUACUUGUCCGGACGUUGGAACGACAUGGCUGUGGUACUGCUACCGCCAGUUGGAAACGAAUCGCCGAUCUUCUUCCCUCAUCAACGAGAAGUCUGCAGUGCGUCGCGAGGCGUCAGCAGAUUCAUGAGUGGGGAGUUAUGGAACAGAAAGUAAAACCAAAAAUCAUUUCCUCUGCUGCUUUUUCGUCAGUCGAACUUCAAAGCUGUAAGCCUUUGCGAGGGUCCUCGCACAUGUUCAACACACUCGUAAUAUAUGAUAAGUUGAAUAUCAGAUGGUAGGAGCGCUCGCGAGUGCAACACGUGCGAGGCGGCAGGGUCGCGCGCAAACAUAAUAAUAAUAAUAAUAAUGUCACUCCAUGAUCCGAAGAUUUCCUUUUGCGUCCCCCUGCCUUCAUAGGAAUCCAAGCGCAGUCAAGCAAAGAAGUCGCAGGAACAGCUCGACGCUGACUUUGAUGACGUUUUUCAAGGCGAAUUUUAUCUCCAGUAUUUUGAUGCUGACAAAUGCGACGUGCUGGUCACCAGUACUGGAGACUUAGGCCAUUCCCUCUUCGAGCACUCACUCGCGGAGCGAUUCAGCGAGGAUCCAGCAGUAAGAGCCGCCUGGCUAGCAGAAUAUCUCGACCGCCACGUGCCUUCAGACGUGACAGUGUCUCUGACACAGGAAGGCAAGGAAUUUUUGGAGGAAAACCUGAAGAACUACGCUAAAGGGGGAGAUGGAGCAGGAGCUUUGCUGUCUGCGGUGGAGAAUAUCGGAGCUAGCAAAAGUGCGGAUGAAUUAGUGGACGCUGUGGCAGAAAGAGCACAGAAGGAACUGGAAAAAAGUGGAUAAGUUUUUCUCUUUGAGGAGGUCUCGUAAUAUAAUUUCCGUAAUGCUUUUAAGACCGGACUUUGCGAUGGUCAUCAUUCUCCUGUAACAAGUUCGUCAAGUUGGUAAAGAGUCCUGCCAUGUUCACUCUCACAGCAUAUUCUUCCUUCAACCGAUUGUCCAUUAUCUUCAACCAACAGGUCCCAGCCGCAAUAUCGUAGACAAAUAUCCGCAGAUGUUGGUGUCCUGCGAUCGCGAGGAUGCUUUAGUAGGGAUGAGCGAUCCGAGCAAAGCACUUCUUGUUAUGAAUGACUAUUUUCGCUCUUCCACUACCUUUCCUGUAAAAAGAACUACAAAUAAGAAAGGAAUACUAAUACUUGAUAACAUGCUUGAAUCUUCCCAACGUGAUCUCUUUUCCAACAGCACCGUUGCUCCAGUGACCGUCUUUCCGCCACCAUGUCAAUUUCUACAAAAAUAGAACCAUCAAGAACACUGCUACCUCUCAUACCUCCCCCCCCAGCAACCCUCUAACCUCCAGGACAGCACCAGAGCAGUACCGACUGCGCGACUGAUGACGCACUUGAUGCAGAGUAUGGGACCAAAUAUCGGCGAUUUCUUCAACAUUCCAGCGCCGUGCGGACCUCCACUAACGCGUGGUAAUGUAUUAAAGACCUCAACACGUGUUGACUUUUAAAACAUUAACGCGUGUACUCAAUAUGCCACUAUCUUGUCUUGCUGGCAGUGGAUUGGUACCGUCUAAGACACAAAUAAAUAAAGCCGAUUGAUGUGUGUCUUGGUGCACUUCAUAAUUUUGCGAGAGCCACUCUGUCAAGAGAGGCCGACAAAGUCUUACCGAAUAUUUUCCAGGUUGCUGUCUAUAAGAGAUGGCUCAAUUUUCCCGACCAUCAGUAUGCGACUCGACUAGCCUUCAUUCACUCCAGUGUGUAUUUUAUGGUAGAUGUAACAGUGACAAAAGUAGUUCGCAUCUCCACACUAGUUGCGUCAUACCAAAGUACUGCUUAGCACCUUGCUCACACGUAAUUUCUCAAGGUUUCAUAGGCCAUAUUCUUGCGUGGCUAGAAGUUCAGAACUUGUUUUUCCUGGCAAGGCUGAAAUGUUGUUUGUUAAACGUAAAGACUUUGAGAAUGCAUUUUGUUUGGAGAUGAAAAAAGUAUAUGGAUUGGGAAAAACAGGCAUAAUGGAUUAUGCACAUAGCCACAAUGAUGCACAUAACCAGGCAUAGUCUGACAAGAUAAAAAAAGUUCAGGUUGGCCUUUAAUUUGAUUCAAUGACCUUCAACAGCAUCUUGAUGCUGCUAUCUGAUUUGCCAUGAUAUGACUUGGUUCCAUAAUAGCCUUUUGAUUGCGAAAGUUUACACUUUGAAUCCGACCACGUCAUGAAACAAAGCAUGCCCUUGCAAAUCUGCGACUUCCGUUGGAUUCGGCAUUGAUCAUAGCAUACACUUGGGAAAAAAUGGAGACUAAAAGCACUGUUUCCAGACAUCUGUUGCGACGUUUUUCCGUAAGCAGGAGUCUCCUCAUGUCGUUUCAGCAUGCCCUUUCCUACCCAUCGUAUGGCAAAAUAGACACGAAGACA